CCACAGCCAACUCGACAUACCUGUUGAAUUCAGAAGGUGAUGGUGAUUGGAAGAACGUAACACAGUUCUCCAUCUGUGUGAAAAAAAGCAAUUUUUGGUGAAAUUCUGGCUUAAGUGGCGGUUUUUUCCGGGAAAUUGUGAUAAUCGUGUGAUGUUUGAUGUGUCUUUAGUGUGAUUUUCACGGAUUUUUGGGCUUGUGACCCUAGUGCCAUAAAAAAAUGCUCGAGCCCUUUUAAAAAAAAUGGCCCUAAAACUGCGCAAAGACAUCAAAAAAUCCUCCUACUACGUUUGGUUUCUCGGUGCCAAAGAGUCCAAAGGCCUCCGAGGCUCCGAAUACGUCCUUCCCGUCAUCAAGCACCUGGAGGCGCGCGAAAAGGACAUCGAGCCCUUCAAGGUCACCCUCCAAGUCUCGCACAAAGGCCUCAAAAUCGUCCAAAAUGUCGUCUCCCAAAAGGGCACCAAACCCAAGAACGAAACCAUCAAACAUUUCAUCCCCCACAACACUAUAACGUGUGUCUACCAGCACGAGGACGUGAUUGCGUGUAUUUUGCUGCUUUUCAAUCCAGUGACCAAGUGUCCCUUGCACGUGCACGCCUACAGAUGUGACAGUUUGGAGACGGCAACUUUGUUAAAACAGCAACUUCAGACUUUGAUCGAAAGGCCGGAAAAUCAGAAGAAGUUUGCGGAGAUUGAGGGGCGGCUGAAGGGGGCGAAGGAGGGGCGGAAGGGGGAGUCCUCGGUGGGGAGCGACACCGGCACCAGCACAAGGGAGAGUGAGUCGAGUGAAGAAAGAUAUACUGUUGAAACAACCCGAGUUACAACCCUUUACGACUCAGUGGCGGCGGAACUGCGCGAAAAACUGGCCAAAAACAACGUCCCGAUCCUUCUGCCCCCGCGCGACUACGACACUGUGCACCGCCAAAAGGGCAAUUUGACGGGAAUUGAGUUGAGGCGGUGUCUCAACGCAAAUAUCGUCGGUCAAAAUGCCAAAGGACGACGGCUGGAAAGCAGUGGCGGCAGCUCAGGGAUUGGGUCAGAUCACCCCCCAAGUCCUGAUUCUCCCGACGCCCCUGACACCAGAUUCAAUACUUUGGAUAAUCAAAGCACGAGCGAUGAAGAUUGGAACGGGGACCCGGCUGACUCCACCCUCUACCUAAUGCACGCCCCGCCCCAAGUGACCUUGCCCCGCCCCAAUCGCGAGAAAUCCCCCGACUCGCCUCGCUACUACAACCAAUCAAAACCCACCCCACGUGACAUCGCCAAAUACCUCGAAAAACCAAUCUCAAAAUACGUGGAACGUCACGAAAAACCAAUGAAAUACUUCGACGACGACGGCUUUGACGAAAACUUACGUUACAGGAACCGCCCCCGUUACGACUUCCCCCCAGUACCGAAAACACGCCAACGAAUCGAUCCCCACUACUACCCCCAGCGUAGCCCCUCCCCUGUGGAAACCUCCCCACGUGACCGCUUCAAGGACGCUAAAGAAAAAUUCCUGUCAAUGGAAAAAGAGCGUUUGACACGCGAACCGCCCAUUUCGCCAAUCAAACGCCACGAAAGCAUGAUGUACGCACCUAAGCCCGCCCCUCGCCACGCCUCCGAACGCGACGCGCCAAUCGGCCGCUACCGAAACGACAAAUACGACCCGAAAAGGCGGUCCAUGUUUAGCUUGAUCGAGGAGGAGCAUCGGAAAAACUCCAAUGAGAUUGCGCGCGAGAUCAAGAGGCGGAGCUACAUGGACGAUGACGUCAGAGACACGAAUUAUAAUUUGUCGAAAAGCACAGUCGAGUUGAAUCAAAAGGGCGGGUAUAGGCAUAGUUACGCUGAACCGAAAUUAAGGGUGGAGAAGGGUGGGGGUAAGAAACACUUCGAGAUGUUGCACAGAACCAAUAGCGUCACGAAUAAUGGGAGGGUGGGGAUUGCAAGUGUGCAUCCCUAUUAAUUGUACAUAGGGGAGACCAUGACAUGUUAGUUCAUAGUGUAAUAUAUUUAUUUGUCUUGAUGUGCCUUUUUUAAACAAGGGGAGCGCGAUUUAGGGAAGUUUGGUUUUCUGUGAUUGGCUCCUCGGUAACAAAGCAAUUAAUGUUUUUUUUAAUUAUUUAUCGUUUUAUAUAAUUUAUGUAUUUCUGGUUUUGUAUAUUAUUGUAUCAGAUGUCUAUUUAAACGCAAAUUUUAUUUUAAUAAAUAAUGAUUUUUACAAAAU